CUCUAGUGGUAAUGAGUUCGUUAAUUGGACAACAAACAUCUGGUCACUAUGCUGGAGACUUGUUCACUUGUGAGGAAGGUGUGUUGUCCUUACAUAACGCUAUGGCCGGGAGAGAGUUGUUUUUUGCAGCGUUUGGCGUUUUGAUAGCGUUUGUGCAUUUGAGUUAUUCGGCUCCAGUAAACGAGACAUUGACAUCAAAUAAAACCGACACAGAGACGAAUUCUACAGACGAUGGCUACGAUAUGGACAUGAGAUAUGGCGCCAUUCUUGAUGCCGGAAGUACUAGUACAAAAGUCCAUAUAUACUCGUGGAAACGCAAAGUCCACGAGACAACGGUUCCACAAAUAACGGAAGUUCAAUACCGGAAGUACAAACCAGGAGUUGGGGUCUUCGCUGACCGGGAGCACGAGAUGGGAGGUUACCUAACAUCCAUGUUUGAUUUCCUGUCGUCAAAUGUUCCCGCUCAUGCCCAUAACACUACCCCUGUUUUGUUUAUGGCAACUGCAGGUGUACGGCUGUUACCGGAGUCCGCGGCUCAGUCCAUUUUACGCGGUGUCCACUCCGUAAUGUCCAACUCCAGUCUCAAUCCUUUCCUGUACAAAGAGCGAUUUGUACGGAUCCUAUCGGGAGAAGAGGAGGGCUUUCUUGCCUGGAUCGCAACCAACUAUCUUCAUGAUUUCUUCACCACACAGCGACCGCUGGAAGACAGUCUGGGUAUUAUUGAAGUUGGGGGCGGGUCCUGUCAAAUCGCCUUUAUACCGGAAGUACCUAUUUAUGAGGAUAAGAUGCCGGUGUAUAUUGGGGGCCACACUUAUGAGGUGUAUACCCACAGCUUCCUUUCUUAUGGGGCAAAGACCAUGACGUCACGCAUCCGAAACCAUCUCGUGCGCAAGAACCAGCACGCCAUUGCCCUAGUAGAUCCUUGUAUGUUAUUAGACGACACCUACAAUCUCACCACCAACGACAAGACUGUGAAGAUCGUCGGAGGAAGUAACGCCUCGGAGUGCCAGAGCGUCCUCCGCCAUUACUUGGACAAAGUACCCGAGUACAUGUGUUCUCCUAAACCUUGCACCAUUGGGUCAGUUUACGGACCCCCAGUAGGCAGUCGGAGGUUUAUUGCCAUGGGCGUGGUCUACAACACCGCCAAGGAACUGGGCCUACUGAAAGGUGGAGUUGCCCAACUGGUACCCAGUGUGAUGGAACACAGGACCAAGGAAUUCUGUAAACUGCGAUUGUCCGAGGCCUAUGACCAGUACGGAGUAGACGAGAAGUGGGCAUCCUCAGACUGCCAAAAUGGCCUGUAUACACCUAUGUUACUGGAGGCGCUGGGGUUCGAACCAAACACCACAGCCAUACAAACAAAAACAAGGGCAGGGGGAGCGAAAAUUGGUUGGAGUCUUGGUGCCAUGCUACAGGAAGAAGAACGACAGUAUCGCAGUGACGUCAUGUAAAGAGUUAACACAGACGGACCCUUGUGUGACAUUGAAUAACGUUCACAGAAGUUGACUUUGUCAUCUACUCGGACCAUCAAAUUAUCGAGAUUAUACACACAUUAAUUAUCUGUGUUAUGAGACGUGAUGGCAGGAAGUGUACAGAGAUAUUGGCUUAGAAAUUAUUUCAUCAACUCUGUAAUAAUGGAAGUAUUUGACAUGGACACUGACAGUCUGGCCUAGAGAUGUUAACCUUAGGAAAUACUGUUGUUUUAAUGUUUCACCUUAUAUACUUUUGUUUCAUAUUUUUGUUUUGAUAAUGGAGUGGAGCAUUCAAAUUACGUCAUAAUUAAGCACUAAAGGAAAUCGUUUGUAUAUCUGAAUCUUUACUUAAUAAAGAAGUCAAUUUUCUCAAAGA